AUGGUGUUCAAUGGUGUCUCGUGGUGCAUCCUCAUAGGAUUAAGUCUCGCGCACUUCGCUGCGGCGCAGGAGGAGUCCACCGCGAAGAACUGUAGUGACACAGCGUGUCGCAGUGGGCGAGUGCUGAGGAAUAUAUUUCACUAUGUGACAAGUGACGGUGGCGGGAAGCCACUGGUGUUAGUUCCUGGCCUCGAGAUUGUCCAGUUGCCGGCCCAAGAGACUGCCAGGUCGUCGGAUUAUGACGACCUGAAGCAUCAGAGCUUCUUCACGCGAAUCGCCAAGUAUCUGCAGACUCAUGAGAUCAAGAUCAAGUUCCCAGAUCUCGUGGGUCAGACGGAAUUCAACGAAGUGCUCGCCGGCACAAUGAAGAAUAUCAAUGAGGGUGAAAAUGUCGUAGAGGGACGAAAGAAGGACAAGGGCGGCCUCGGAAUGGUGAUGAUGAUGGGCAUGAUGAUGGCCAAGAUGAUGGCAGCUCUUGGUCUGGGAGGAGUGGGUGCUCUGGCGAUGAAGGCUCUGGGAGUGUCCAUGAUGGCUCUCAUGCUCGCCGCGAUCAUCGGCAUCAAGAAGCUGGCCGAUGGUUCUGGUCAUGACGAUGGUGGCCAUCAUGUUCAGUACGUAACGGCCCAUGAUCACCAUCGGAAGCGCCGAGAGGUCCGGAGAAACCUAGACAUGCCGUAUCGAGGCUGGAAACAGCACUCCCUCGCAGAGUAG